CCCAUGAUAAGUUUGUUUGCGAGGAUACGCAUUAUUUUGUGCCAUGGAAAAUAAAUUAAAAUAAAAGAAGUUUUAUUUUAAUUUUUUAUUUUUCUUGGACUAGAUUUGGGCAGUGUAUUUAAGGUGGGAUCCAGUGGUUAUUUAUGAAUUUGGACUUAUGGGGUACCCUUGAAAAUAAAUGUUUUCACAUGCAGACACCAAAGGCCAUAGCCACUGCAAGCACUGCAUAGAACAAAUCAUAAAGUCUAGAUUAUUUUUUUUUUGUCCUUUUUAGAAAGCAAGAUUUUGAUCCAGUGCAUGCAUGUGUUAUAUGUAAUAGAUCUCUGAGGAAAGAUUCAGUGUAGUUGCUGUUUGAUCAAAUCCAUCAAGUACUAAUGUCAGUUUUGGAGAGAUCAUCGUCGACAUCAACUCCUGUUAGAGAGAUUGAUCCCUUAUUGAAGGAUUUAAAUGAGAAGAAGCUAAGUUUUAGGAAAAAUGUUGUUUCUUUGGCUGCUGAGUUAAAGGGAGUGCGUAACCGCCUUGCAUCUCAAGAGCAAUCAUUUGCUAAAGAAACAGAAACUAGACAGGAAGCAGAAAAUAAAGCAAAAAUCAUGGAAGAGGAGAUUAGCAGAUUGCAGGAGAGAAUGGAAGAGAGAAAUGGCCAGCUUCUGGCUUCAGCUUCUACUGCUGAUAAGUACCUCACGGAGUUGGAUGGUCUCAGAUCACAACUUGCAGCCACCCAAGCAACUGCGGAUGCAAGUGCUGCCUCAGCUCAGUCAGCACAGCUUCAAUGUUUAGCACUUAUAAAAGAAUUGGAUGCAAAGAAUAGCUCGUUAAAAGAGCAUGAAGAGCGUGUAACUAGGCUAGGAGAGCAACUAGAUAACUUGCAGAAGGAUCUUCAAGCUAGGGAAUCUUCCCAAAAGCAACUGAAAGAUGAAGUUACGAGAAUUGAGCAUGAUAUUAUGAAAGCCAUUUCCCAGGCAGGAGACAGUAAAGAUUGUGAACUGAGGAAAUUAUUAGAUGAAGUUUCUCCUAAAAACUUUGAGAAGAUGAAUAAACUUUUGGUUGUUAAGGAUGAAGAAAUAACCAAACUGAAAGAUGAAAUAAUAGUUAUGUCUGCUCACUGGAAGCUUAAAACCAAGGAAUUAGAAUCACAGUUAGAGAAACAGCGACGAGCUGAUCAGGAAUUGAAGAAGAGGGUGUUGAAGUUGGAAUUCUGUCUUCAGGAAGCUCGUGCUCAGACACGGAAGCUCCAGAGGAUGGGAGAGCGAAGGGAUAAAGCUAUUAAAGAACUCCGAGACCAGUUAGCAGCAAAGAAGCAGGCUAUAUCUGAAGCAAAUAAUGAUAAGCAAAAUUUCUGGGAGACAUCUAGCUUCAAGGCUGUAGUUUCCAUGUCAAUGUUGAUCUUGGUUGUUUUCUCCAAGCGAUGAAAUAAGAGGGUUGAUUGUUGUACAUGUCUUGUUAUCACAAGUUUCGGGGAGCUUUAGAAGCCAUUUAGAUUGUAGAAAUAGCCUUUCUGUUCUCGCUAGAACUAUAUUUCUCUAGUAAUCUUGUACGUUUUAAAUCUUUGUACAGCCAUUUGGCUUCCAUACCUGAACCCAUCACUUAAAAAAAGAUGAAGUCUUCUAUGUUGUUGAUUUUA